AUGGCCACGGCAUUUCCCACGCCCGCCAACCGCGGCGCCGCCGCAGGAGAAGGCGACACCGGCGAUGACCGGCGCCAGGAGAACGCCGCGCGGCCGAGGUCUGCCCUUCCGGCCACCCCCCAAAAUCUCCCGCCUCUCGGAGCGCCGAGGUGCCGGUGGUGGGCGGACGAGCUCGCCUCCACCGUGGCUGCCGCAGCUGCGGCGGCGGCAUCCUCGAGGAGGGCGCAAGUGAAGGCGAAGCCGCCGAAGAAGCGGUCCAUCUCCGACCUCUUCGCCGCGGCGCCCCCCUUGGCCGUGCCUCCCGCCGGUGAUACCGGAUGCAAAGAGCAAAUGGAGGUGGACGGCGACGAGGCGGUGUGCGCGAUCGCGAGGCGGGCCAAGGAGGAUAAGAAACGAAAGAAAAAGCUGCAAGAAGAGGAAGAGGGGCAGAAGGAGGAGACGACGGCAGUGGAUGCCGCGCCGGAGAGCUGCGGAGGCCGAGAGCCCGAGGGGAAUUUCGCUGCAAGAAAGCAGGAAGCACUUGAAAAUCCAAACCUGUUUGAUGGACUGGAUACUCACUCAUUACAGAAACCUGAGGCUUCACAACAUCACAGAGAAGAGAGAGAAAAGAUAUCUGAGAGAAGGAAGCAGGGGAAGAUCAAUAAUAUAAACAAGAAGAAGGCUAACACACAAAAGCACAUCGGCAACAGUAAAGCUGACAAAGUGGGGAAACCACGAGAUCUGGAAAAUUUUAUCCCUAGGCAUGGCAUUCUAAAGUGCACAAAGCACACAUCAGUGAAAAUGGUCAAGGAGAAACGUGGCAAUUCAGAAGGCAAGGAAGUAAUAGAACUCUGCCGCAAAUCAGUGAAACGUGUCAAAUUCUCAGAAGCAGAUGCUAUACUUGAGCUACCAGAACGACAAACUCUCUGCAAGAUGUUUUCAGAUGUUAUGGCUUCUUCAUCGUCGUCCUCGUCAUCAUCAUCAUCAUUCACGUCUACCGAAGGAGACAAAUGCAUAACUGCAGAAAGUGGUAGUUCUCAUAUGCCCAUGGAAGCUUCCACUAAGGCGAAAGCAAAUAAGAAUUCAGAUCAUGAGGAUUCUCCUGACAAAAGCAUAACUGCAGAAAGUGGUACUUCUCAUAUUGCCAUGGAAGCUUUCACUAAGAAGAAAGAAGCAAAUAAGAAUUCAGAUCAUGAGGAUUCUCCUGAGGCUGGUAACAGAGAGAUGGCUGCUCCUCUCAUUGAUCUGAAUAUGGUGUUACCGGAAUCUACUGAACUGGACCAAAGGCUGGAAAGCGAACAAUCUACUGCUGACUUGGAAAGAAUAACGAAUUCAAGUUCGGCAGGCACAUUAUUGCAUGGUGAGGCUAUAAAAGUUUCUGAUGUAGAUGCUGCUGGUUCUCCAUUGAGCUUAACUGAACUUGCACAGACUCAUCGUGGUUGCAGUAAUGUUUCAGUAAAAGAUACUAUGACUAUGAGUACAUCUCCUUGUGCAUUGCCAGAUCAUACAUUUCCGGAUUCAUUUCGGCAGCACCAGAGUUGGUUUUCCACAAGCGGCAAAUUUUCUUCCUGGCCAUCUCAUGAAUCUAAUGUGUCACACAGUAAGGAGUUCAAUUUUCGUUCUGAGUUGAACAUUCCGCGUGAGAAUGGACCUUCCACAGGACCGACAGUUCGUUUGAUGGGUAAAGAUCUUUCAAUUUGCACGACCAGAGCUGAAUCGUUUUCGGAGACUGCGCAGAAGCAUACAGGUACUUUUACCAAUGACUAUCUCAACGCAAAUGUGUUCUUGCCACAACAAGGACGGCCUUUUCUCUCUUUACAAGCUCAGAAUUUCCCCAAUGAUACAGCAAAUUCUACCAGUAUAAUUCAUGCUUCAACAUAUCAUGCAAGCGCAAGUCAGGCACAGACUAGACAUGAUUACGGCCACCCCGUCCCGGCAGCUAAUUUUCUUUCUGGAGAUCAGUUGACAUAUGAAAACAGGUUUUUUGAUUUUUCAAACUCGCAGACCAAUCAGCCUUUUCUGUUGGGGUGCCCACAUCCUCCCAAUCGUGGCAGUGCAGCAUUCCAACAGAAUUCCCCGUUGCGCCGUUAUUACUCUGAUCCUAUCCCUAGGACAGAAGCACCCACAGCAUCACCUUUGCCUACAACCAGACAGCAUGGUACACCAUCUUUCGGUUUCCAUGCCAAUUUGCCUCAGCAACAUGUUGUGCAUCCAGCAAGCUCGUCAGUUUGUCGUCUUAAUUCUGUGGAUUUUACAUUCAACCAUCCAGACCGGGUAGUUCAUACACCUUCCAACAGCAUAAGAGAUGCAACCCUUUCGGCAAGAAAUACAGAUAGCACAGUGGGGAGCGCUUUUCUUGGCAAUUUUAAUGCUUCACCUAGUGGUCGGUAUGUGCAGAAGAGAUCAGGCCCAGUGAAGCUCACUCCUGGGGCGAAGCAUGUACUGGUGCCAAACGAUAGCACAGGUGACGGCGAUUCUACGCCUGUGUACUCUUGUGUUUCGUUUGAUAGUAGGAGCACAAAUGCUGCAGGUCCUCAGAACAAAGGAGCAUGAUGCCCUUAGUGGAACUUUUGCUUGGUUGCAGUUGCAUGAAUCUAUAAAACAUCGGCACUGUUUUUAUUCAGUUUCAUUCAUUUAGUUGGAACCUUUUGAAAAA